UCACCUUCCUGAUCUAUACCAUUGCAUAUACCUAUCACUUAAUCAUUUUUAAGAUGGAGAGUAUCAUUAAGGCCAUGUUCGCCUUGUUAGUCUUCCCAGACGUUUUUAUAGAGAGCCUUCCAAUAAGAAAUGGAUUCUCUAUAAAAUUUAAUCCGGUAUCUACUAAAGAAGAAUUUAGACCGCGAACCUUUGGUGCGCUUUUCGCGAAAAUUUCCCAGGACUUUUCACCUGACGGCGACCUUAGGCGUGAAUUGCUUUCAAAAACGCUUUCUUCACCAACCCCGGGGCUGGGAACAGGAUGCACGAAUCAAGUGGCACGGAUAAUUUUCCCGCACAAGUACUUCCAAACGAAGAUGAACGACACGGCGCUCUUCAACAGUCAACGUUUCAUAAAUUUACCUAAAGUCAAGCCACCAUUAAGUGAUUAUAAAAUUUUAGUAGCCACGGCACCACCUAACGUCAAGUUGGGUCGAAGUAAUGAUGGUAAAAAGAUCAUUGUUUACAUUGUUUUUCCUAACGAUACAGAAGAUCUGCCAGAGGAAUAUAACCUAAAAUUUCCUGAAGUGUACUUCGUGACCAAAUCAGACGUAACAGAUGUACGAAAAGACAGAUCGGAACCGUUGUUUCUUAUUAAUAACAACCGUACAGUAACAGGGUUAAGGAGUAAACAUGUGGCCAAAUUUGUUACAUUUAAAAACCAAAGGUUUAAUCAUUACAGUUAUAACUUAAGGCGUUAAAAAAGUUUCGGUUAGUGGAGAGUGAUGCUCACGCAGGUAUCUGGCGUCGAAACGUUCAUGAUUAUAAACUGUAGUAUUAAUGCGGGAAACCUUCGCGUUUAGUAACGAAAACUGACCAAGUUUUUAAAACCGUCGCUCUGGCCAGCGUCAGCUGCUACGCGCCAAUAAAAAAGAAAGAAAAUCCAAAUAACU